CUUAAAACGCCACUUAAUUAAAAUCAAAUCGUCGAAAACGGUUUGUCGCUUGUGACCCAGACGUUUUUUCUUGAAGCUUUUCUAAUGAAGGCCGACCACUUGUGUUUGUCGAAAUGGAUGAAGUUGGAGCCACUGCGGGUCGCAUAAUCACUUUGGGUACCAUUCAGGUUAUGUGCGGACUGGCGAUCAGCAUAGCGGACGCUAUCGGCUUGGGACUCCAUGUUCGCCCCGUGGAAAUUCUGUCCGGCGUAUUUUGGGGCCUGUACUACAUCGUCACUGGAUCCUUUGGAAUGGCCGCCGGCACCUUUCUGCUCCGUAACAAUGGUACCAUUCGGAAGAGAUUGAAAUUAAUGGCCGUCUCCUUCGCCUCCAGUAUUGUGUGUUCACUUAGCGCUGCUACUGUGUUGGUUUGGUACGUGCUUGAGUUAAUGGAUCUUAGCCAGAGCCGAUGGGACUGGAAUUCCUCUGUCUGCCAGUAUGAAGUGGGGUUAUUGGGCUUUGAAUUGGCAUUCCUCUUUCUGAUGUUCAUUGUCAGCGUCAUGAUGUCCGUUUAUGGCUCCCGUAUCAUGUCAGCUCUUCGUGCCAACAAGCCCAAAGCCGAUACCAUAACACUGACAUAACAUUUUGCUUUUCUUUUUAAAGGUGUCCCAUGCGGGUGCACCAUUGUAUCCCGAACUGCCUAAGAUGGUUACGCAUAAGCAAAUGUUGUUUCGCUAAACAAAUGCGGUUACGUAUGACGGAAUAUUUGCUGGAUUUUUAUUAGCA